AGAUACAUGAUUUCUGGGUCCCAUACUCUCUCUCUCUCUCUCUCUUCUCUCACCCUUCAAGGGUUUGACCCAUGCCCAUAGAAACAUGGUGAAACCUCUCUUGUAGGAAGUGGAUGUGCCCUUCAAGGGGUCAGACUCUGCCCGGCAGGCAGGAGAAUUUCCUGCAGGACUUUCUCUGGCGGACUCUGCCAGCCCAGACCACCAGGGCUAGUUCCAUUUGCUCUGGGUGCUCCCCCCCCAUUGCACCCAGUGUGUGUGUGUGGGGGGGGAAUCAGAGUGGCCCUCAGGAAGGAUCCUGCCUGACAAGGCAGUCACAGAGCUUGGGCCCGGUUCUAGCACAUUGUUGGUCUGGGCUGCCGAGGGAUGCGGAAAGUUGCCCCCCCCCAAGCUUUAAGAUCCUUAAGAUCCUGACGCGCUCUUGACCCUUGUGGUCCUUUAACGCAGUCUCUCUUCCCAAGGAGCAGUUCCCCCUCCUCAUCAUGGCUUCGGAUCACCAAGCAUCGAAACAGCAAGCCGCUGGCUCCAAGAUUGUGAUCUUCGAACAGGAGAACUUCCAGGGCCGAUGCCAUGAGCUGAAUGCCACUUGUCACAACUUGAAGGAGGCUGGGCUGGAGAAAGUCGGGUCCAUUUUGGUGUAUUCCGGGCCGUGGGUGGGAUACGAGCAGCCCAACUGCAAAGGGGAGCAGUUUGUCUUUGAGAAGGGCGAGUACCCGCGCUGGGACGCCUGGACCAACAGCCGGAGGAGUGACUGCGUCUGGGCCUUCAGGCCAGUCAAAGUGGUAAGCAGGAUGCUCUGGGGACUCCUGGGGAGGAGGGAUGGGGACAGCCAGGACCACAAGAUCGUCCUCUAUGAGAAUCCCAGCUUCACCGGGAAGAAAAUAGAGAUCAUUGAUGACGAUGUGCCCAGCUUCUACGCUCAUGGCUACCAGGAGAAGGUGUCCUCUGUCCGCGUCCAGAGUGGCACGUGGGUGGGCUACCAGUACCCCGGCUACCGUGGCUACCAGUACCUGUUCGAGAAGGGCGACUACAAGGACAGCGCUGACUUCGGGGCGCAGCAGCCCCAGAUCCAGUCGGUGCGGCGGAUCAGAGACAUGCAGUGGCACCAGCGGGGGGCCUUCCACCCGGCCAGCUAA